GACUCAAUGUGUUUUGAUAAUUCAUAAGUACCUUAUUUCUCAGUUUGUAGUGAUUUUUGAGUGAUGUGUGAUAACAAUGUGAUUAUUGAAAGUAAAACUAUUAGUUAAUGCUAACAUUUGUGUAGUCGUGUUGUGUAUUUGUCUAAACAGUCAAAUCAGUUCAUUUUCAAAAAGAAAGUUGGUGAUGAACCUUGUGUAGUGAAUAACAAGAACAGAGUGACAUCAAGCAUGGAAGGUGAUUGCUCCAAUGAACACAUGAGUGAAAAUAUGUCAGGAAGCCUGCAACCUGAGGUAAAUAAGACUGGCCCAAUGUUUGGGUGGUGUUGGAAGUUGAAAAAGCGGAGACUGGAGCCGGGACAUAAACUGUUUCAGGAUGGAGACCUUUAUUGCCACCUCAAUUCAAAAUAUGUGCCGCUUGACAUGAAGACAGAUCUGCCUAUGAAUAGUACCACUGAAUUCCCUUGUGGGAUUGCCAAAUGUUCCCAGCUGUUUUCAAACCUGGCAAAGUAUGAAAGCCAUUACAACAGUUGUCACCGACACGUGUGCAGCACAUGUUCUCGUGCGUUCCCGAUUGACCAUCUUCUAUCCAUGCACAUGCUGGAGAACCAUGAUGCCAUGUUUGCUGUCCUCGCAGAGAAACAACCUAUGUUUCAGUGCCUGUUGGCAGACUGUGGGUCAAAGUUCAAGGACGGGAAAUCUCGGAGAAACCACAUGGUUAAAGUCCACCAUUAUCCGGCUAACUUCAGGUUUGAUCGACCAUCAAAGAAAACCAAAGAAAAACAUCCAAAGAACGGCGAGAAAAAUGGACAAUCAGUUGAUUCUAAAGGUGAAGGUCAGUCUGUUGCCAUGGAAACUCAGUCUACCCCUGACGACAGUCACAAGGAGUCACCUGCCAGGGUCUUCUCUUACAAAGUGCCUAACAACAUCAGCUUUGGUCACGGCGCUUCUCGAGGUUUCAUGGGCCGAAGGUCCCGUGGUCAAAGAUCAGCUAGGGGUCAGAGAGGUCACUGGCAUAACAAGGGUCAGUGUGAGAUGGACACAACAGUGGACAUUGAGCAAGUGGACAUGGCAGAAUUGGGGGAGGCAUUGAGUUGAUGUUUAGAGAGUGACAUUGAAAUGUGUGCUCAUUGUAUUGCUACAUAGUAACAGAAUUGUGUGUUGAAAAAGAUCCAAAAUAUUGUACAAUUGUAUGUGACAGUAUUUGUAAAGUGUUGAGUUGACAUAAGGACAUUAGCACCUUGGUGCUGAUAAGUAGGGUGUUACCUUUGUCUGACUUGUGGUACCAAUGCUCAAAUAACAAUUAAUGAUUCAAAUGUAUUUUACUGUGCUUCGUAAAAUACAGUUUUCCCCUGUAGUAUUUUGUGUUGACGGUUACAUAUUUUGAGAAUUGAAAUAUAGAAUUACCAGGUAUGUGAAUGAUCAGACAGUUCCUGAACAAGUAUUUUGCUCAUGUUAAGAUCGAAGAAAAACAAGAUGUAUUCAUGUAUGGCAAGCAAAUAAAAUCUGCAUUUUGUAUUAUGCUUUUUCAUUGAUUAAUCAUGUUAUUUCACUGCUGUUAUUUUCACUGUAGUGAACAUAUUAACUUUCAAAGAUUUGGGUUUCCAUCUUUUUAACAAGAGUAAUGUAAAAUUCAUUGUUCUGGAUUGAAAAUGUUUGGAAUGAUGCACCAAGAUGACCUCACAACAUUAUGACUUUCAUGCGAGUUUCCAAUUUAUGCUGAUUCAAUUGACAUUUUUCAUUAUUUUGAGCAUAAAAGAAACAGAAAAAGUGCAAAAUCAAAAAUUAUUUCACUUCCAAUUACAGAAAAAGAUAUUUACACUGUUGGCUGCCCAAUCAGUAGAGUAUUGCUUUCUUUUAUCACUGAGAAAUAAAGUAAUUUAUUGCGAUUUUAACGCCAAAUUCAACAAAUAUUUUUUAUGUUGAUUUUGUGAAACGGGUUUCUUUGGUGUCCAAAAAGUUGAAUAUUUUUUAAUGGCUGGGUUUAAAUAGAAAGACAAACAGUAUAAGGGGCUGGUGUUGUGUAAGUGUGCUACUGACAUUCAGAGACUAACAAAACUGCUGUUGAAAUCAAAUACAAACUUGUAUCAAACAGUGCUUUCUUGUGAAAUAAAGAUACAAUGUUGA